AUGGGCCUCACCAAUAGUGAUUGUCCGCAAGCGUUACGGCGUGGGUAUCAGGCUGUGCAUCAACUACAAGCUGGUAAACGGCCUAUGAUGUAUCCUAUGCCUCUGAUCAGCGAUCUGCUACAGGGCCUCGACAAGCCUUUAUAUGGCGAGCGGCUUCUGAGUCGUGCUCAUGACGGAUCGGGCUUGCGAGAUAUCAGCAUUUAUCACUCCGUUCGGCCUAUUCGAGUGGAAUCACAUGCUUUUUUCGCUCCACAGAUCUAUCAACGCCUCGUGGUUAACGUACUGUACGGAUUUCUGAAAAUCCCUCGGUCAGGUGACCCUGGAAACAAAAAAGGACUUUUUCAGACAGCGAUCGCAGACAAUCCUGAUCGCCACACGGUGUUGGGUCGUAGAUCAUACAUCGACGACAUCAUGAGUGCUGCGGAAUCGUGA